AUGUCCUCCUUGGUCAGUAUCAGCAAAAAGCUGUCGGGUCAGCGACAGCAUCGUGAGAGAUCACAGCCAGAAGCACGUCGGAAAUAUGGAGAGCUCGAAAAGAAGAAAGAUUAUAAGCUAAGAGCUGAAGAUUAUCAGAAGAAGAGAGAUACGAUCAAAAAGUUGAAGAAAUCGGCGAUGGAUAAGAAUCAUGACGAGUAUCAUCAUCAUAUGGUCAACAGUGAGACCUGGGACGACGGUCGUCAUUUCGACAAGAAAAACGCAGCGGAGGAGGCUGAAACUCAACUUCAAAAGAAACUUGGCAGCCUGAAAGAUCUGGAAUAUGUGAAGUAUAAAUUGAAUGAGGAGAAGAAGAAAAUCGAUGAAAUGAAAGGAGAACUUCAUUUCGCUGAUCCAACGUUGAGUGGAAAGAAGAAUACGCACACGGUUUUUGUGGAUACUGAUGCGGAAGCCAAGAACUUUGAUCCACGUGUCUACUUCGAUACCACCACAUCGAUGCUUUCUCGCCAGUUUAACAGAGUGAAAAACGAUGAUUUGCAGAAUAAGACGAUUGUCGGAGCAGGCUCAAAAGAGCAAGUCAGAAAAGCCGACCGAAUCCGUCGAACUCGAUACAAUGAGUUGAUCAAACGUGUCGAUCGCGCCAAAGAGCUGCAAGUGGUCGUUGACAAGCUGGAAUUGAAAAAACAAUUGGCGGCGUCAGUCAAAUCAGAGUUGAAACCAAAAAAGAUCAAAAAGGCGAAGGAAAUGCGAGCGGCGGUCUACCAGUGGACUUAUGAGAGAAAGAAAUAA